AUGAUUGACUCUGUCCAGAGCGGCUGUUACGCCGCGCUCAUCUCGCUCAUGUUGGCGUCUAACUUUGUGCUCAUCCCCGUGCCCGUGCAGCUCAUUACGUCGGCCUCUGCCAUCGUAUACAUUGGCUCGACGCUCUCGCUGAAGCUCCAGCACGCGCGUGCUGCAAGUGGCGAGAAGAACGAGGAAGUCAUGAAGGCCGAGGACGCCUACAUGUUCCCGCUGAUGGGCUCGGGCGUCCUGUUGGGGCUCUACAUCCUCUUCAAGGUGUUUGACAAGGACCUUGUGAACCUUUUGCUGACGUCGUACUUUGCGCUCGUUGGCGCCUACAGCCUCACGGAGGCGUUUAGUCCACUGGUGCUAACAGUGCUGUUCAAAGGCAGCUCCACGACGUACACGCGCACGUUCAAGGUGCCGUUCUACGGUCCAUACAAGCUCGUGUUGUCGCAAGCGUGGAUGCUCACGUUCGUGCUGGCGUCGGUCUUUGCCGCUGCCUGGUUUCAGACCAAGCACUACUUGCUGAACAACAUCUUCGGCGUCUCGCUGUCGAUCAAGGGCAUUGAGUCGCUCUCGCUCGGCACGUUCAAAGUGGGCGCGAUCCUGCUCUGCGGACUCUUUUUCUACGACAUUUUCUGGGUCUUUGGUACCGACGUCAUGGUCACGGUGGCCAUGUCGUUUGAUGCGCCGAUUAAACUGAUCUUCCCGCGCGAGUUUGCCACUGACACGGAGAAGCAAAAGAACUCGAUCUUAGGCCUCGGCGACAUUGUGAUUCCCGGCAUCUUUGUGGCCCUGCUGCUGCGGUAUGACGCACACCGUGCGAACGUGACCAGUGGUGACCAGCCGUUCCCCAAGCCGUUCUUCCACGUGAACAUGCUGAGCUAUUUUCUGGGUCUAGUGGCCACAGUCGCGGUCAUGUACUUCUUUGAUGCUGCACAGCCAGCACUGCUGUACCUCGUGCCGGCGUGUCUGGGCUCGGCGUUGAUCACUGCGUUUGUUCGCGGCGAGUUCAAGGAGCUGCUCGAGUACACGGAGGAGGAAGAAGAGGAGGAAAAAGCGAGCGACAGUCUGAAGGACAAGAAAGACGACGACGACGACGAGGAAGAGACGAAAAAGUCAAAGUAG